UUUGAAUAAUAAAUGGAUAAUGAAAUCCAAAUCUAAAACAAAGUCAAACGAAUAAAAGAAAGAUAUGUGCAUGAAGCUAUGUUUUUGGUUGAGUAAUGGAGGUAUAUAUUAAAUUUAUUUAAGUAGAAGCUUAUACCAGCAAACCUAUAUCGAAAAUGGGAGAUAAUUAAAACUUACUUUAGAUAAAGCUGCUGAGAUCGUAGGAGUCCCUAGAAAAACCUUGGAAGAUUACUAUUAUCAAUUGAAGAAAGCAGAGACUCUAAGUAAUACUUCAUAAUAUAGUUAGUUGACCUUUAAAAUUUUAAGAAUUGCAAAAUAGGUGUGAUUCGAAGAAUUGUUAAAGAGAGCAAAAAAUAGCAAGAAACCGCAACUCAUUUGAUUGAUACAAAUGAUUUUUUUAUAUAAGAAAAUGAAACUAAUAACUAUAGAAAAAACAGUUUUGAAUAUGAUGAUUGAUUUUACUAAAAAUAGUGUUUACUGGAGCCACAAUGAUU